AGAAAUAGAAAACGAACGCAUCAGCCGCCCUCCUCCAGAUUACGCGUGUCCAGCGGCCCGACGCACCGCUGUCUCCCCACAUGACCUUAUCUUCUCCCCCAGUCGUCUUCCCCGAUCCCCUUCCCGUCGUUCUUCGCUUGCGUUGUCCGCCGCAAUUUAUCUCUCAUCGCCGCUUCGCUCCCUCCUUCACAGCACCGCGCCUAAUAGGCUCCCCUCUCUCCUUGCCCUUUCUUGCCGCCGGAGCUCGACAUGUGAGGCGACGACUAUUAUGGCUGUGGGGCGAUGGCACCUUCCAGCGACGGCGCCGCAAGGCAGUGCGGUGCGGGAUGUUGCAAGGCUGCGGUUCUUCCUUCCUUCUCCCUUCCUCCUUCCUCCCCUCGUUCUUAUUCUUUCUCUCACACCGAGUUCCUCUUUCUUUGUUGCCUACAGGAGGCCGAUGCCAAACUGCAAGCAGCCACCGCCUGGAGGUUCUCCGACACCGGAGCCCACCUCCUCCUCGCCCACGUCGCCGACGUCCAUCCUCGUCGGAUCCUGUGCCGCGGGGCCUCCCUGCGCCUCCGCCGCCCUGCCAAGUCCGUCUGCUGGAGCCGCCUCUGUCCGCUGCCUGUUCAGUCCCCUACCUCGACCACGUCUGUACGCGUGCGCAAGGGCUGCAAGGCCUAGUAGUGAUUCGUGACGUUCAUGUGCGGGGACAUGCGGAGGCCGGCGCCGGCGAGCAGGCACGCGUCGACGGGGCCAUGUUGGAGGUUAUGGGCGCCGACCUGCUGCACCCACCUCGAGCCGACCGCGGCUGCUGGCCGACGAGCACAAGAGAGCUCGGGUGCUUGGGAAUGGAGACAACAUACGCAGGGGGGGUGCGAUGCCGGAGGCGGAGGAGAGGGGCGGGCACCUUCCGCGCCGACGAGCGCAGCCGAAGCUGUCCCCCCUUCCACCUUCUCUACCUUUGGAUAAGGAGCGCGGGUGGAGUUGUUACAAAAGACAGGGAUUAAUUUGCAAAAACGAAUCAUUUUACCAGAUCCACUUACAUAGGGAUUGCGGGUUGGAUUAUCUAAAACUAUAGGGGGUUUUA